AUGUUCCAACAGAUUUGGUGGCUGGAUCCAGAAUUGACGUAUGGCAACGCCAAGCCAUUUGUCUUCACGCAGGGCCACUCAGUGUGUAACCGGUCUUUCUUCCCCUGCUUUGAUACACCAGCAGUGAAAUGCACCUAUUCAGCUACUGUUAAGGCUCCAGCAGGCAUCCAGGUGUUAAUGAGUGCCACUCAAAGUACCUACUUAGAAGAGGAAGGUGUAUACCAGUUUUACAUGGAAUAUCCAGUUCCUGCCUACCUAGUGGCCCUGGUGGCAGGAGAUCUUAUACAUGCAGACAUAGGUCCAAGGAGCAGAGUGUGGGCAGAGCCUUGCCUGCUGCCAACAGCCAUCAGCAAGCUUUCUGGUAUGGUAGAGCGCUGGUUGAGCGCGGCAGAGAGUCUGUAUGGCCCAUAUAUAUGGGGAAGAUAUGACAUUGUUUUUCUUCCUCCAUCCUUCCCUAUUGUUGCCAUGGAAAACCCAUGCCUGACCUUCAUCAUUUCUUCCAUUCUGGAGAGCGAUGAGUUUCUAAUUAUUGAUGUCAUUCAUGAAGUUGCCCACAGCUGGUUUGGAAACGCAGUCACCAAUGCUACUUGGGAAGAGAUGUGGCUGAGCGAGGGGCUAGCCACAUAUGCCCAGCGCCGGAUCACCACUGAGACCUAUGGAGCUGCCUUCACAUGCUUGGAGACUGCAUUCCGCCUUGAUGCUCUACACAGACAGAUGAAGCUCCUUGGAGAAGACAAUCCUGUCAGCAAGCUUCAGGUUAAACUGGAGCCAGGUGUAAAUCCUAGCAAUUUAAUGAACCUCUUCACCUAUGAGAAAGGCUACUGCUUUGUUUACUACCUGUCCCAGCUCUGUGGAGACCCAAGACACUUUGACUCCUUCCUAAGAGCCUACAUUGAGAAGUACAAAUUUACCAGUGUUGUGGCUCAAGAUCUUCUGGAUUCCUUCCUGAAUUUUUUUCCAGAGCUGAAAGAGCAAUGUGUUGAGAGCAAAGCAGGACUGGAGUUUGAACGUUGGCUCAAUGCUACAGGACCUCCAUUAGCUGAGCCAGAUUUAUCUCAGGGAUCCAGUCUGACCAGACCAGUGGAGACUCUCUUCAAACUCUGGACCACCGAACCUCUGGAUUCUGUUGCUGCUGCCAGCAGUGUUGACCUCACUAAAUGGCGAACGUUUCAAACCGUGCUUUUCUUGGACAGAUUGCUGGAUGGGUCACCACUGCCACAUGUGGUGAUAAAAAAGCUUUCGGAGUGUUACUCCUCUCAGCUGGACUCCAUGAAUGCAGAGAUCCGUAUCCGCUGGUUGCAGAUUGUAGUCCGAAAUGACUAUUAUCCAGACCUUUACAAAGUCCGUCGCUUCUUGGAAAACCAGAUGUCUCGGAUGUACACAAUUCCACUUUAUGAGGACCUUUGCACUGGCACGCUGAAGUCUUUUGCCUUAGAAAUUUUUUACCAGACCCAAAACCAGCUGCACCCCAAUUUGCGGAAAACCAUCCAGCAGAUCUUAUCACAGGGCUUGAAUCCACUUCCUGCCAUAGACACUACAGCAGUCGCUACAGACACACCAGCAAUGGUGCUUGAGGACAAAGUCUCAGAGGCCACUAACGGCGCCAUUUCACUCAGGGAUGUUAAUGUGUCUGCUUAGAUCACCAGCUCAUGCCAGCCAUGGAGCUUGAAAAUGGGGACAGGAACAGAGGAAAGAUACAAAGUGUCACCUCCUUUCCCUCAGCCCUGCAGCUGCAGUGUAUUGUAACUGGAUUUCUUUUCCCAAAACACAAAGCAAAUGUGCCUUCAAGUACCCAGCGUAUGACACUGCCAGGCUUCAGAGAUCUCCUUCAGCUGUGGGAUGGGUAUUUUGAUUCAGUUUAUACAGGGCAGGGUCUCCUGGGCAGUUGCUUCUCCAGGGAAAGUGGAUAGCUCUCUUUCCUGAGGCUCUUCUGGAUGGUUUCUCUGAGGCUCUUCUGGAUGGUUUCUCUGAGGCUCUUCUGGAUGGUUUCUCUGAGGCUCUUCUGGAUGGUUUCUCUGAGGCCUCUUUUGUUUGAGGCCAUUGAAGCUCAUCCUACUUGCUGUGUGUAUGUUGCUGGAGAGUGUAUAUGUAUCCAGCUGCCAUUACCCUGAUAUUUGGGCCAGAGUUCUGCAAAGGAGAGGCUCAGGAGUUUUAAGUGGUAGGAAGAUAUGUUUUCAUGUGACAGAAGUGUUGUGAUUUGGGAGGUAGGGGACUAAUGCUUAAAUAAUUGAGAAACUAAUUUUACAUAGUGCCUGGGUUUUUUCCCCAGUUGGAUAAAUAAUAAUGCUUUAUAUAUUUAUACACACACACAGUCACACACACACACACACAC